CAGUGGUAAACAGAAAAAAGAAAAAAAAUGACCCGCAAUGGAAAGAUCAUGUCAAAACACGCUCAUUUGCAUAUCUGUUCUUCUGAAUAAAGAAGUACUAUUUUGCGUAAAUACAUUCUCUAUUUAAAAGUUCCAACAAUAACUAAAAUUAAAAUAAUCUUCUACCAAAUUCCUGUUUCAUGGAAUAAUCUCCCAUUGCAAAACUCACCCUUUUAGUCAAUCCUAUAGUAAAACAUGUGGGAAGGUUGGAUCAGGACCAUAGAGCUGUCAGAAGAGCUGAGCUUAUGUUUGUGUCACCCGGUCAGUGCAUGUGAAUGCUCUGUAUUGCUGUUCUGCACUAACUAGCACCUACUCAUAUUGCAGCUGGCCAUCUAGUGAGCAUAUGGACACUGUUAUACCUUGUUUGUAAAACAACUAAAAACUACAGAUUGAUGCUCAAAGAAUCUUCAGUGAGAUCACUCAAUUUAGGCAGACAAGCACAAUGAACUGAACCUCUAAACACCAGUGUUCACUCUUCCAAAUCAAAUCUCAGGCCAUCUUCCGAAACACAGUACAUACUUAAAAUGGCAGGUUUGUGGCCACCAUACUGCAUAAUGUCUCAUAAUUCUGGUUCAUAACACUAAGCAUGCUCUGAAAUUUUCCAGAUGUGUUCUCAUGCACUUGAUGGUGAAGGUAAUUUGUAUUUGGGAUUAAAGCAUUCUGAAUUCAUACAUCAAGGAACAUCAGAGAAUACCCCAGCAGAAAAAAAUACCUAUGAUCCAAAAGAGAUGCCAGUGAUGCCAAGCAUUAGUUCUGUUUGAGAAUUGAGAGAAGACAGCAUGUGAGAAUGCCUGUGCACAGACUGACCGGACUCCCGCCAUGGCUACACUUCAACAUCAUACUCCUCUUCACAGGUGUCAGUGGAUUGGAACCUACAGUGUACUCCAGUGUGGGAGAGCUUGUCAGUUUACCAUGCAACCUUCAUGGCUCUUUUAACUGUUCCUCAAUUACGUGGAACUGGAACAGUGUUGGAUCACCAGGAACUACUGAAUUGGUCGCUCAUGGAGUGGUCACAGCUAACGAUCAACAGAUAGCUAGAAAGCUGAGAGUGGGAUCAAACUGUUCUUUGCACAUUAAUAAUCUUACCACUGCUGAUGCUGGAGGGUACACCUGUCGACAGUAUCACAAUACAAAUAAUUUUACAGAUGAUUCUGUUAUUAAGUUGUCUAUUCUCAACAUCUUUGCAUCUUCUCCAGUGACAGAGCUGAAGAUUGGUAGUACAGUUACUCUUGUCUGUGAACUUCACAGCCCUGGGUCUCGUGGAAAAAGCGUUAGAGUGAGCUGGGUUAAUGAGACAGGAGACCCACUGCAGGGAAACAGGUACAAACUGUCAGAGUCAGAAUGCUCCUCUAGUCUGACUGUGACACUUGAGCGCUCAGACCGCAACAUGACGUGGAGAUGCCAGCUAACUGUGAAGGGGGAGGUGAAGGCCUCACACAGUUACACCACCAUCUUCCCUGAUGAAAUUAAGAGCAAUGUCUGGAUUGGCUUUGGAGUGGCUAUAUGUGCAGCUGUUGUCCUGAUUGUGAUAUUGAUCAUGAUAUGCAAGAGAAGAACAGUUCAAAGGAAGACGGCAUAUAAUCAUGUUUCACAGAGCCACACAGUUACCGAUCAGAACAAAGGAGAGAGUGAGGACACCGUUACCUGUGGUCAAUCCCGCUGCCGGUGGAAAAAGGAAACCAGACCAAGAAAUGCUGUGUUCGAAACUGAAUAUGCCAUCAUUAAAACGUUGCAGAACUCAAAUGGUUCCAAUAAUCGGGGGGAUGGCCAGGAGAAGGAAGAAGAAAACCAGUCGGGCUGGCAGACAAACUGACAGACAGGCGUUCACAUCUGAGGGCAUGGAGUGAAAUGUAAAAAUCACUGCAAUUCCUAUAUGAACUUAAAAUAUUAACAAACCUGAUCAUUUGCAAUAGUGUUAGGAACAUUGAGAUGCAAAUUGUAGUUGACAGCUUUGUGUUGUGAUGAUGAUAAGUUAGCUUUGUUAACAUUCAGCUCCUUUUAUGAAACUGUACAAUACAAAGCAAACUAUUCCUAUAUUAACUUUAUUGUGUGUCAUAGACAGUAUUUAUUCAUCCAUACCUGAAUAGAGGGCAAUUCUAAUAGAAUAGCUUUGUAACUUCUCCUGAUUCAUAUUUACUGAUGCAAUUUGGGUUCAGUAUUGUGUUCAAGUCAACAAGAUCUAUGGAACCUACGCACUUACCAACCAUGCAAGUGUUACUUCCUGCUGUUCCUCAUUUGUGCUUGUAGCUGAAGAGGACUGAGAGCUGCUAUUAAGGCUCCUCCUCUGUCCUGUACUCAAGUUUACUAUUCUCACAUACACUUUUGGAUUCUGUUGUGUGUUCUUUUGUUUUUACGUGACAUGCAACACCCUCUUUUCCUGACUCCAUGCAACACCAUGCUUUACACACUGGCAUUGCACAAUCCGUAGCUUUGAUUAUGUAUCAACGUAUCAAGUGCAGUCCCUAAGUAUUUGGACAGUGACACAAUUUUUGUUGGGUUGCUUGUACUCCAGCACUUUGGAUUUGAAAUAAACCAAUGAAUGUGAGGAAGGAUAAAGAGCAGAUUGUCAGCUUUCAUUUGAGGGUAUUAUCUUCCAUGUCUGUCGAUCCGUGUAGGAAUUACAGCCCUUUUUAUACAUACUCCUGCACUAAAAGUAAUUGGACAAUUUCUGUCAGCUGUUUCUUGGCCAGCUGUGUAUCAUUGCACAGUUUCAUGCACAAAAAAGCUAACAAAAAGUAUAGAAUUGAUUCUAGGUGUGGACUUUGCAGUUGGGGUCAGUUGCUGUUGUC